AAAGCAAUAAUCGACAAUUCAGAGAUCCUGCAGUAUAUGAUCGACCUCAGCUAUUUCCAAAUGAUUCCAAUGGAAACCUCUGAAAUAGACAUGCUGCAAGCUACACGCCGCAAGCGAAUUUGACAGCAUGACGCUGGAUGGCAGCGCUUCGAGUACAAGCAGAAGUACACACUCCCCCCAGUGAUGUUGGAAACUACACUUGAACUUUCGGGUGGUGUAUACGGCAUUGUUAUUGUUGGGGAGGAUUGCAUCCCCUUUACGCGUCUACCAUCCGCGACCGAUUUCAAUGAUCUACAUUGCUGGAGCUGCCCUGUCGACACCACAACCUCGGUGGACUUCACUUUCUGUGCUGUGCAAGAUCUACUUGUCGUGGUGGCAUAUUCGCCAGACCCCCGGAUUCAUGCGGACGAUAUCCAUCUGAGGUCCUUGACAACGAACGAGAUCCACGCCGAUGCAGCGCAACCAAUCCUGAAAACAGUCGACAAAGACUGCGAAAUAGUCCAAUCCACCAAUCAAUGGAAUGCACCGCGAAACUCUCUUUACCUUCUCUCAUGGAUCAUGUUCCAUACACAGGGGCAGUCAUGGGCGUAAAUAUAAUUCCCACCUCCAUGCUUCCAUAUUCUCAAAAGUCCUACCAACCUACAUGCUCAUUUCACCCCAGUACGAACGAUCAACUCGUAGCCAUUCGUGUCUCUGUCACUGGGA